UCCACGUCUCCACGAAACGGACCACGGGCGAUGUUGUUCGCGCGUUGCUGAAACUGGUGGAUGAAUAAUGUUCGCGCUGCUAGCGUACCGUCAUUUCAACACUGUGUAUAUACAGAGUUGUCAUUGCUGUUGCUAAAGAACUUAUUUUAAGAUGAGUACCGUCCUGACAGAAGAUCAGAAGCGAAGAAUCGAAGAGAACAGGUUGAAGGCAUUGGAACGUCGAAAAGCCUCCCAAAACGCCAGAUUAGCAGCGAAUCAGGCUCAGAAUAACUUCCAGCCAUCUACAUGUAGCACAGCUAAAGCCAACAACGCGAGUUCUCAAGCUUACACAUCACAGGGCAAGCCAACUUUCUAUUCCCAGGAAUCUCGAAAUCAGCUGUCUGUUACGCCAGCAAACAGCAACAGACAGUCAACAAGUCAAAAGUCAUGCACAUCUUACACGGCCCCUAAUAUAACAAAUGCCAGCACACAAAACCAGAGUAUCUCCUCCUUUGCAAGCACAUCCAACAAAGUUACAAGUGGUUCUUGCGUUAUGAUCUCGCAUGAUAGAUUCUCUGUGGACGUUCCUUAUCAUCAGCAGAUGAUAGAGAUAUUUAGGAGUAUGCCGUCGAAAAUGUACGACGCGGAGAAAAAACGUUGGAGCUUCGCAAUAAGUGAGUACGAAAGCCUAAUGGAAAAAUUGAAACCAUUGAGACCCAGUGUUGUGCUUGGUGGAAUUCCACCGUACGUGAUAACAGCUUUGAAGUCUCGCACAGCAUCAUUUGAUGUCGACCUCAGUGGUCUGGAUAGCAAACUCAGUUCGUCACUUUUCCCCUUUCAAAGAGAAGGAGUGUGCACUGCAGUGCAGCGAGGUGGCAGAAUUUUGAUUGCCGACGAUAUGGGACUUGGCAAGACCAUUCAGGCUAUAGCUGUUGCUUCUUACUACAGGGAAGAAUGGCCUGUGUUAGUAAUAACGCCUUCCUCUGUUCGAUUCGCCUGGAAAGAAGCUUUCCUGCAAUGGGUACCGUCCUUGGCCGUCGACAACAUUACUGUUCUGUUAACGUCAACGGACGCGGUGUCAAAUCACGAAGUUGUCAUUACUAGUUACGAUCUGAUGUCCAGGAAGGCUGAAGAAAUGUGCAAUGCACAAUACAGGGUGGUAAUCUUAGACGAAAGUCAUUUUAUCAAGAACCCAAAGUCGGCUCGGACAAAAGCGUGUCAGAAGGCAAUGAAAAAAGCAAGACGAGUUAUACUCCUCACGGGGACUCCAGCCCUGUCGCGUCCCGUUGAAUUGUACACACAGAUCAGUGCAGUGGUGCCGAAAUUCUUUCCGGGAAUGCAAGAGUUUGGGAUCCGCUACUGCAAUGGCAAACUCACGUCUUGGGGUUGGGACUACAGUGGUUCUUCGAAUAUGCACGAGCUGCAACUUCUUCUCGAGAAGACGAUAAUGAUACGGAGACUGAAGUCCGACGUCAUCUCUCAGCUUCCCGCCAAACAAAGGCAGGUGGUUCUGCUGGACCCCGGUACUAUUAAGACGAGCGAUAAAGUACUGAAACACAUGGCUAAAGAGAUGCAAAAUAAGGAUAUCCAAGGCAUGCAACGCAGAGGGGUGCUGUUAACGUACUUUCGUGAAACCGGGCUUGUCAAGGCGAAAGCAAUCUGCAAGUAUAUCGAGGACCUUUUAGAAGGCGACCAAAAGUUCCUGUGUUUUGCACACCACCAGAAUGUUAUGGAUGAGAUUUGCGAGUUGCUGACCAAUAAGACAUGCAGCCACAUUCGGAUUGAUGGCAAAACUCUGCCAGAGACUCGAAAACAGCUAUGCGACAAGUUCCAGUACGAUGAGACGUGCAAAGUAGCGGUGCUCAGCAUAACGGCUGCUAACGCAGGCAUCACGCUUAGUGCAGCGAGCCUGGUGGUGUUUGCAGAGCUGUUCUGGAAUCCUGGAAUCCUCACGCAGGCUGAGGACAGGGCGCACCGGAUCGGACAACAAAACUGUGUUAUCGUACAGUACUUGGUGGCCAAGGGAACUGCGGACGACUACAUCUGGCCACUUGUGCAGAAAAAGUUGGACAUCCUUAGCAAGGCUGGCUUGAGCAAAGACAACUUUCACGAAGUCGACCUGAGAGUGAGUAAGGAGCGGGAGCAACCGACACUGGAUGACUUUCUUAAUGAUGACGCCACGUUGAUAGAUCUACUUGACGACUUUGACACUGAAAGUGAGAUUGUUGUGAAAAAGUCGAAAAUGAUGUGAGAGGUCCUGCAUGCUUUUCCACAUAUUUUAUUUUAUACAACUUUAGCAUUAAAAGAACAUUGAGAGAUGCA